AUGUACCGCCCAAAGAGUCCAGCAGGAAUGGGCCCGUCCCCCACCAUGGACCAGAGCGCAGCGAAGCGCCUCUUCUGGGGGCAAAGCAUCCGAGCGAUAAGAAGCCCAGCGACAUGA